AUGUUAUGCAUUAAUUUAAAACCGCCCUUGGAUCUACCGAUUAUCGAGGAUUCCGUCCGACUCAUCCAAGUCAAGCUGUACACAACUUGGCUGAAGCUUCGUGAACUUGGCUACAUCGUUCGCCUUGAACCGCUGUCCUCCGACGGGGUCAAAGAGGGCGAUGCUGGCGGCGGCGGCGGCGGCGUCGACCUGUUGGGCCGACAGUUGGACGAGUUGGGAGCCGGUCUGCUGCCGGACGAGUGGAACCUCAGCCAGUCGCUGUCGACGGCGCCCGAGGGGCCUGUCUCGGUCCGAAGUGGUUCGCUUGCGCCGCCGCCGCCGCCGCCAAUUCCCCAACGCGCCUCGAACCGAUCCGAGGCUCGUGGCUCGGCGGCCACUCCUGCGCCUCCAGUUCCGCCCAAACUGAGGCGACCGGGUCGAAGCGUCGUCGCCCGGUCGGACCGACACGAAGAGACGCCGCCCGAGGCUCAUCUCGGCUCCGACGUCAAGGACGGUGAAGUGAAGAGGCAAAAUGCCAACAGCCUAAGCCUCCAACUUCGCCAGGUAACCGAAUCCGGCGACGCCGAUUUGUACAUUUCCCUUCUCGAGGGUUGUCUUGACGCCGCCAGCGACUGUCAUGUUUUAGAAAUGCACAGCGAAAUUGGCUUUCAUGGCCUCUUCUGUUUCACAUGUUCUCAGCUCAUCCCCAUUUCGACGGAAAGUCUGUCUGAUGGAGAGAUGCAAGGAUCCGUCCCACCAGAAAACGACCGAUGA